AUCCAAUAAUUUUAUUAUAUUUGUUAUACAUGUUAUUAUGAUUUUAAGUUGGCUGUAUGAAUUGCAUUUAAUGAAAUUAGGCAGACAGAAUUAUCAGGAAUCAGGAACCAAAAUGUAUCCUUGAUAUGGAUAUACUGGAUGGAUGUCUAUACUUUUCAUUUCCAGAGGGGAGGAUUUGUGAUUGUAAUCUAGUAGCUACAACCCCCCUAAUAAGACAGAAUCUAUAAUUUAUUGAAUUUUUAAUUGAAUUUUUUCACUUUUUUUGAGGAACUCUAUAAGAACUACUUUAGUAAGAGAUUACCUGUUAAACUUCUGUUAUUUAAAGACAAUUGUUGCCUUGUUUUCUGUGAUGAUGGGAACUGCGCUAUUGGCAAGGUAGACACAUACGCUACUAUAUAAACCCUGCAACUACCCUUUAAGAGCGCCACAGAGAAGUGUGCUAGUUUAUGUAAUUCAGCAAGUGAAUUAUUUCAGAGUAUUGGGACACACAUGCAUACAGAGAGAGAGUGUGUGCAGUGUGUUGACAAGAAUUCUAUAGGCCUUAAUGUAUUACUUGACCAACUCCUGUUCUAAAAGAUCACUGAAAGAAUGUAGUAUGGGGUUGUUCGUGACGUCACCACAAUUUCUCUCACAUGAGCAUUGCAGGCGGAAGUGACAUUCGACAUUUUAAUGCGGAAGUUUUCACUUCACUAUUAUCCAACGAUUUCAGAAGAAACUUAAAACCACCCAUCCUGACUUGGAUUUCAAUGUCUUCGAACGGAUUAGUUUGUUAAAGUAUCUCAUGAACUAGUGCCUUAAUAUUGACUGUAAUAGUGUACGUUUUCAACAGUAAUCAGCCGUCAUGGCUGCCAACAAUAAUUUACAGAAAGCGAUAGAUCUUGCCAGCAAGGCAGCUCAAGAGGACAAAGCCCAGAACUAUGAGGAGGCCUUGCGUCUGUACCAGCAUGCAGUUCAGUACUUCCUGCAUGUGGUCAAAUAUGAGGCUCAGGGAGAUAAAGCCAAACAGAGCAUCCGGGCAAAGUGCGCUGAGUACCUGGACCGAGCAGAGAAACUAAAAGAGUAUCUCAAAAAGAAAGAGAAACCUCCAGCCAAGCCUGUUAAAGAGUCUCAGUCUGAUGACAAAGGGAAUGACAGUGAUGAAGGUGGUGAGGACCCUGAGAAGAAGAAAUUUCAAAACCAACUGCAGGGUGCCAUUAUCAUGGAGAAACCAAACGUGAAGUGGAAUGACGUGGCUGGACUAGAGGGUGCCAAAGAGGCACUGAAGGAAGCGGUCAUUCUUCCAAUCAAGUUUCCACACCUCUUCACAGGAAAAAGAACUCCAUGGAGGGGCAUCCUUCUCUUUGGCCCCCCUGGCACAGGAAAGUCUUAUCUGGCCAAGGCUGUGGCCACAGAGGCCAACAACUCCACAUUCUUCUCCAUCUCCUCUUCAGAUCUGGUGUCCAAGUGGCUGGGGGAGAGUGAAAAGUUGGUGAAGAGUCUGUUCAGUAUGGCCCGGGAGCACAAGCCCUCCAUCAUCUUCAUCGAUGAGAUCGACUCCCUGUGUGGCUCCAGAAGUGAGAAUGAGAGCGAAGCCGCCCGUAGGAUUAAGACAGAGUUCCUGGUCCAGAUGCAGGGAGUCGGGAAUGACAAUGAGGGGAUCCUGGUCCUGGGGGCCACCAACAUACCCUGGACACUGGACUCGGCCAUCAGGAGACGUUUUGAGAAGCGGAUCUACAUCCCCCUGCCUGAGGAGCACGCGCGCUCCUUCAUGUUCAAGCUGCACCUGGGUACCACCGCCAACACUCUCACCGAAGGAGACUUCGUCACGCUGGGCAAGAAGACAGAUGGCUACUCGGGUGCUGAUAUCAGUGUCAUUGUGCGAGAUGCUCUCAUGCAGCCAGUGCGGAAGGUGCAAUCAGCCACACACUUCAAACGGGUACGGGGGCCCUCGAGGGACAAUCCCAACAUGCUUGUCGAUGACCUCCUGACCCCAUGUUCCCCUGGUGACCCUCAAGCCGUAGAGAUGACAUGGAUGGAUUUGCCUGGAGAGAAGCUUCUGGAGCCUCUUGUGUCUAUGUCUGAUAUGCUGAGGUCCCAGGCAAGCACGAAGCCCACGGUGAAUGAGCAGGAUCUGGACAAGCUGAAGAAGUUCACAGAGGACUUUGGCCAGGAGGGUUAAUGAGGGAUGUUUCUGCCAAAACCAAAGCAAAAAGAUCAGGAUUGUAAAGCGUCUCUCUCUCUCUCUCUCUCUCUCUCUCUCUUCACUAUUCACCCGUUCUACGUGUCCCAGGGCCCUUCCUGUUAAUAAAGGCCAUAGGGUGAUGCAUUCUGUAGGCCAUUUGGGAAUAAGACUAUACUGUGUAUAAUUUUAAUAAGCCCUGCAAUCUUUCCUGUGUGCAGUGUGGGAUACGAACUAGGAGAAACCGCAAGGCCCACAACAAUUUGUUUCUACUGUCCUCCAUGCAGCUGGUAAUGUCCAGUCAUACGUACCCAUGCUCAUCUUCUGUGGCGAAUGUCUAGUCUGGGUUCCUUUUUCAUAAUGGUCAGACUAGGAUUGCCUCAAACAGCAAGAAAAAAAAACUAUUCACAUGACACUGACAUUAAUUUUCUCUUACUUUAGCAUGAAUGCUAGAAGUAAGAUCGUCAUUGGCACCGACCUUUUGAAGAGGCAGGCUUUUCAGAGUGACUGAUGGUCGUGCAUGACCAAGACACAUUCGAUACUGAUACUUGCCUUGGAUCUAGGUUUUUCAGAACUGGAAGACAAGUGCAGUCAUUUGCCUUUAUUUGGCAUACCUCUUCAUCACAGGAUUUCGUUUUUUUUUUUUGUCCUGCAUGCAGUUACAUUUGGCCUUUAGCGAUCUAUUUAACAACUCCUCUGUGUACAUGGGAUGUAAUAUAGUUAUUUGGUCUGGAUUUUAGACAAGAUCAGCAAAGAUUAUGAUGGAUGACAUGAGAAUCGGUAGGUGUAAACAUUUUGGCGGUUUUUGUUUUCUACAGUCAAUCUUUAACAGAAAAUACAUUUGGGAUCAACAUUUAGGGAUCCAUGAUUUAUGGCAAAGGACCACUUCAACUUCUGGAAAAAAUCCCAUGAAGGUUUUCGAGAGAGUGGCAUGCUCUUUUCAGGUAUCAUACUUUUCUUAUUUGGCAAAAGAAAAAGAAAAACGACUACCAUCAUGUAUGUGAUUUGAGGCCUUUCUGCGUUGGAGACUACAGGGCUGAUCUAGAGAGUGCCAGAGUCCCUGAGAACCUUGCCUCCGGGCCUUCACCAUCACUGAUCAUGUGCUUUGGGACGAGCAGUGGAACGGGCCUCUCACUAGCUGGCUGCUGGCCUUCCCAUGGCAACAGCACACAAUGUGCCUUUACAACCCUGUUUCCUGUAUGUUUUUUUUAUUUUUUUUUAUCAUUUACUUUUGGUUUAUUUGUCUCUUUCAGUCAUUAAACGUGGAUACCUGCCUUCAUAAUGUGCAGUUUAGUAGACAUAGAAAUAUAUGGAGCAGUUCAGAGAGGUAUUUGCGUAUUUCAUUUAAAACAUUACUCUAUAAACAAUUGUAUACACCUGUACUCCUAUGCACUUAGGGUGUUGGGGGUUUUCCAGAAAAGUAAAGCUUUAUUAAAAUUGUAGAUCUGCAGGUGGAUGUGGCUUGAUCUUUUAUAAAGGAAUUGGUGUAGUGUUUGAGUAAAAUAAGAAUAUUCAUGUAAUAUGUGUUAUUAUUUAAUAAUAAAAAGAUCCUCCACAACAGAA